UUGUAUAUAUAUAUAUAUAUAUAUCCUAGAAUAAUUGUCAUUAACAUUGUUAAUGUGGUUUUCAAGUAAUAUCGAUUUGUUGAGAUCACAAUGGAAUUACCACAAUUCAAGAAAGGUGCAUAAGUUAUAAUAAACAUAAAAAUGUAAUAGUGAAUUAUUAUUAUUGUCUCCUUUAGUUUCUAGAGGAACGUAGGGCUUCAGCCUCACAUCUCCAUUGCAUUCAGUUCCCUGCCAACGUUUUCACCUGGUUCCACGUCUGCCCAUAUGCUUUCAUCUCCUCUUCGCAUAACCUCCUCCAUGUCACCCUCGCAGUUACGACCAACUCGCUGCUUCCCAUUCGGGUUCCACUCGAGAGUAAUAGUAAAUGGAGUAUCAAAUAAAAUUAAGGAAGUUGCUACGAAAAAUUAAAACCGUAAUUGGGGGCCGAGGUAAAGGAAGUCUGAACCAACCAGCUUGUUCUUUUUGAUACAUAGGCUAGGCUUCUUAAUGCAGAUUCCAACAGCCUCAGUAAUAUGCAAUAGAAAAACUCUUGGGGUUAAAUUACGUUGAGUCGUUAUGUGGUGGAUGAUUUCAAAGGCCUUGUUUACAUUAAUUUUAUGCACUCUACCGACGGGAUGAGGUAAUAUGGAACCAUGAGUGGACUUCGUUUAUUCCUUACUAAACUACUAUGCAGGAUGGUGUUCGAAAAUUCAACGAUGAACACGACUAAUUGUACGGUCUGUAUAACUAAUAGGCGUCACAGAAACAGUCAAAUAGAUAGAAACACAUAGUAGAGGCAAAAUGAGAUAGUUUAUCUUUAACUCCCAAACGUGAAAUAGGGGUAGUUUUGAAGCGGCAUUGAAGGUUCUUACUCUGCAACCAUUUUAAUAAUAAUAUUAAGCUCUUCAUUAAGACAUUGAUUUAUCAGAGCAGAUUGCUCUUGAUCUGUGGAUCAAGCACUUUAUUAGACUGCGUUUGUAUUUCAACAGUAUGAAGCUGAAAGAAUGAGUAUACUGACCAGUUGAUAUAGGUUUUCCCCGUACACUUAUUGUACCGUAAUGUUUUCUAGUUUAGAGAUGAAAUCUUAAUUUUUUCUUUCUCGAUGGUAAGAUUUAUUGCAGGAUGGGCAUCGUUAAACUUGACAAAGACAUUCUUUGCUUCAUCCUCAUUUUUAAUAACCAAAAAUGUGUCAUCCAUAUAACGAACAGUAGAAUCAUCGUUCAUCCAUCACAUCUUUCAAAUAAUCACUCUUUAGUGUAGAAAGACAAAUGUCGGCUAGAAUUAGUCCUAGUGAUGACCUCAUCGCCACACCAUCAAUUUGUGUGUAUACUUCUUUAUUAAAUAAAAAGUUAACAUCAAUUGUGCUUACCAAAAGAAGCUCUUCUAUAAAAGAUAUAGGAAUGCUGACAUCUAUAUCUUCUCUAAUAAAUCGUUCACAUAUGAAGUCUACCCUUCCCAUAAGUAACAAACAGUCACCAUCAUUAUUAAGAGAAAUAUUAGAGAUACCAUCAUUUUAAUUGAGUUAAGUAGCAUCUCAUUUGGAAUACAGUUGACACGUAUGAGGAUGUCAAAGUUAACCAGGAUCGGGCAGAAUAAGACAACCUUUCAUAAUACUCCGAAACCAGUGUGCAGAUCCAUAUGUGAGCAUUUAGUAUAAUGGCAAAAGGGUGAAGUUCAACAAUAACGUCCCAGGAGUGCGAAUGCUCCAAUGACCUUGAACGUAUGCUAGUCGCCGGCUAACAGCACCUGUCAUUAUCAUAACUGAAAUAUGAACCUUAUUCACCAGCUAAGCAGAAAAUUUCAGCCAGAUCACAUUUUUAAGUACUGUUUCGACGGUGUGUUAAUAGGUCGUUAGGGCUAGGAUUAUAAUCCUUAACCCUCUAUAGGGUUAAGAUAAGUACUGGGUUAGGGUUAGAAUUACGAUUUGGAUUGGAUUGUGGUUACGAUUAAGGAUAGAUUUCGAUUUGAUGUGAUUUAUUUUAAUUUGUUUUGUUACCCAAAUUUUCCUGGUAAGUAGUCGUCAAUCCUUUUUACUGGAAACCAUAGUAAUUCAACCGAGGGCUUUGAGGAAGACUGCGCAACAGGAUAAGAGAGAUGAACGAUUCACAAAGACAGCUUAUCUUCAGUCACUUCGGUGAAUACAUGUACGGAAAUUAGUCUAACUUAGCAACUGAUACCCCUCAUUAUAACUGGGACGCAUUUUUAAGUCAUGUCAGAGAAAUAUAUGUCGUCUUUUUUGCGAAAAUUCUGAUAUGUGUCCACAUGAUGUGUGUUUUGUUUUUGACAGUCUAUUAUAUUUUGCUAUGUAUAUAUGGAUCUAUAUUUCAUUAUAACUGACAAUAUGCUUCUGUCUGUCCAUUAACUAAAUAAACAUGUAUGACCUUGUUAUCAUAUGACAUUACAACCAAUCAUGGUAAGAUGACUGUCUUAUUGGUUUACGUGUAUUAGUCAUCUCCAUAUAUACUUUUCUACUGUAUUCUUGUUCACACACAUUUCGUACAUCUAAGUACCCUUCCACUCAAACACUUGUGUGACACUUAUUUUCUUGUCUGGAAAAUACAAGUAUCACCGUAAACCUGGUGGUCUUCUGAUUUCCCUCUUUCCGAGUGAGGACUAUUAACUACUCGACGAGUACGCAACAAAUUCCUCAUUUUUAUGAUUGGCUGGCUGAAGGUCACUCGUGCGUUUGCAUCUCUUGGGACGCUGUUGUUGAACUUUGCCGGGAAAAGAUCUGAAUGUUCAGCGCUAAUGUCCAGUCAAUUCCACAAAGGGAAAAACCCAACGAAGCUUGUGAGGAGUCCGACAAGUGAACUGGAUUAUGACGCAAAUCAUCGGGAAAGGGGAGUGAGAAGACUCUAGGAGAUCUGGAUUUCGCGUGGACAAUUUAUGUCUAAUUAUCACACAACAUACUCGGAGAUCUACAGGUGGAAACUAACUAAUUUGUCAGAAGAGGCUGGCGGCAAUAACACAACGUGUGAAAGUGAAAGUAGAGAAAACUUUCUUUUGUCUUCUAAAUGUCUGAAUGAACAUUUUCGCUAUAUAAGACAAUAAUUUAUGUGCCUAUAAUGUACCAAGUUUUUCUAGAAAAUUGCUGAUUUUUUGGGCUUUUUCUUUUAAAAAUUUCCAUUUUCUCUUAAGUGGUCUAGAUAAUGCUGGCAAGACGACAAUCGUGAAGAAAUUCAACGGUGAAGACAUUAAUAGUAUCUCUCCAACUCUUGGAUUUCGUAUUGAAACAUUGGAGCAUAUGGGAUUCAAGUUGAAUAUUUGGGAUGUAGGCGGUCAGAAGUCGCUUCGUUCCUAUUGGAGAAAUUAUUUUGAAACGACUGAUGCAUUGAUAUGGGUCAUUGAUAGCUCAGAUUGUCUACGUCUAGAAGAUUGUCAACAGGAGUUGGCUAAACUGUUGAUGGAAGAACGUCUAACUGGGGCUACCCUGCUUGUCUUUGCCAAUAAACAAGAUUUAGCUGCAUCGAUGAAACCAGCUCAGAUACGUGAAAUUUUACGUUUGGAUGAAAUCACCACGCAUCAUUGGUUAAUACUUGGUUGUAGUGCUGUGACAGGAGAGAAUUUACUCGAAGGUAUGAAUUGGCUAGUGAAAGAUGUCUCGUCAAGAAUAUUUUCAUCGGAUUGAAGAUAGUCUGACGAUAAUGAGUUUUGAUGACGUAAUAAUAAUAUCACCAUCAACAUCUUUUAUGAAUUAAUACUCUGCUAUUUCUCAAAGUUGUGAAGAAUAUUCUUCUCAACCUGAAGAAAAUCAGUAAUUAUAGGUUGUAUAUAUACUGAGUUGUUGUACAGCAAAUGCUCAUGUAUAUUUAUGUUUGUGUGUGUGUGUGUGUGCGUAUUUGAGUCUGUGUGACUGACUCAAUGUACAUAUAAUUAGAAAUAAAAUCAAUAUUAUUACUACUAUUAUUUGAAAAAAUGAGUUCCUCUUAUGAAUUUGCCCAACGCAAUCAGAAGACGUAAUUUGUCUGAAUCCUGCUGUAAUGUAAAAAAUUAUAUUUGUAAAAUCUCAGCGAUAUUGAAAUGAGUAAUUCCAACGUUUCGUUCGGCAAUCUGGUCCGAACUUCCUCAGGGAAAUUAAUC